CCAACACCGCAGCCAGAACAGAGCUCAGAGAGAUCUCAUGUCCCUUGGAUCAGUGCUCAGCUAGUUGUGGUCGUUACUCGUAACACUUUUAUAUAGAAAUUUACAAGCGCCAAAUACUGGUCGUCUUCAUUUUUCUAAGGUCUGGACUAGUCGACACCCCAGCCUUCACACGUUUACGCCCUAAACCAGUCGGAACGACUGUCUUCCUUCUGUUAUGGUCUGAUUAGGGGAGGCUACCCUAAACCUGGCAAUAAAGAAGAAACGACUAUCUUACGGGAGACCAUCUUCUUAUGCGCCCAGCAAUGAGCAUGCCCGCUCUUCAAGCAGUCAGCUACCAUCAUGAUCCACUCCUCACAUCUCCAGACGCAGAUGUGGUAUUCCGUUCCAGUGAAGGAACAUACUAUAGGAUGCAUUCAUUCGUGUUGCAGACCACAUCAGGUUUCUUUCGACCUAUGCUCUCCCUGAUCGAAUAUCGAUGGCAUCCCAUCGGAUUGGAAGAGGAUGACGGCGUGCUGGAAAAGCUUUUCAGUAUGAUCAGCGGAAUGGAAGUCCCCUGCUGGAAGUCCCUGGAGGAAAUGGAGGGACCUACAUCUAUCAUACAUCCCCUACGGCAAGAGCAUGCUCUAAUUCUAAAGCGCAUACCCACCGAUGAUCUUCUCCGACUCAUAGACCUGCGGCGAGAACGGAGAGACGCAUUUAUAAUCGCUAUCGAUAACGAAGUGCAGUUUACUAGCGGAUGCAACGCGCAGACGUGUGCGUGUAGCAGGCCCACAGACCAUCAUGCGUGGCAUGCGCUGAAGCUUGCCAUGUAUAUGGAGAUGGAUGAGAGACCUAUUGGAACCGUCGUGAGGAACAUGGAUGAGGGGGAUUGGGAGGCUGCAGAGAAAUGCUGGAACCAUCAAUGCAGGCACUGUGGGAGGCUUGUGUACGAUCAAUUAGCGACUAUGAAGCGCAUCCGUCCUUGCGUUGACAAGUUGCCCUCGCGACUGAGACCUAGAAUGGUCCAACGUUGACCGUUUGAAUCUUGACUGAAUGUAAACUUGACGUAAGUACAUCGACUACUUACUUUCCGACCUUGUUACCUCACCAAUACUUCACGCUCUAUAUGAGUUGCUUGCAUCGUUGCUGCGCGUGCGG